ACCUGCACAGUCAUGACUACCUCCACUUCAUUUCCUAUUCUGCUAUUACCCCCAAAAUGUCUACAACACGCACUAAAAGAAAUGAAGCAUAUGGAUUUCAUCUACUUCUCAUUUGCGUCGAAACAGUGCAUGAAUCUUGCAAUAACUGUAAAUAGUAAAGCAACUCGUCUAGAAGUAAAAUGCACACACAGUUGUAAAAAGCACACACCCCACUGUAUCAUGGUUGAAGCCAAGUUCAUGGACAAUAAAUCUGCAGGGUUUUGGAUAUAUACUGAUAUCACAACUGGAGGAGAUCGAGAUUGUUCUGAAACAAUGUCACCGCUGGAUGGAAAGUACUAUGGGCAUGGAAGAUGGAGAGUGGCAGAAAAAUAUAGAAAAAUGCCCAAGAUUACACUUCGCAAACUCAUUGAGCAUUUGCUAGUUCUACUCCAUCUGCCGAAAAUCCAUGUUCUUAGUUUUAAAAAUAUGUCGGAUUUACAAUCAAUCAAUGAGAUAUUCAAAGGAUUUCCGAUUGGAUUAUUCAGCGCAUCGGCUUCAAAAAUGGAUUAUAAUGAAUGCAUGUUCUAUGAUCGAGUUCUUCAACUUUUUUCGGACAACACGGAACGGUUUUCUAUCGAAUACAGUGAAAGAUUUAUCAGCAGACAUGAGAUACACGAUUUAUUAGCCAGAGAUCUCCAUCGUAUAGUAUUUCUCGAUUGGAGACCUUAUUUGCUACAGGCAAUAAACUCGAAUUGUGAGCGUAUAGUGCUCGAGUGUUAUGUUGAAAGCCAAUUAUUGAAUAAAUUUUUGAAACACUGGAUGCGAGGGUCGAACCCCAGGAUGAAAUAUCUUCAGGCUAAAGUUGAUAUUAAGAAUCAAAAAUACAAAUCACAAAUACUAGAAGGAAUUGAGACAUUACCCCUUAAGAACAGAACAUCCAUUGAAAGUUUCGACGGAAAGAAAGCCAGGAUUAAUUUGAUGAACGACGGAUUGUUUCUGAUGUAUGUUAGAAUUUAACUAUUGAAUUUCUUUCAUAUUAAUUGUUUUUAUCGUUUUGUUUCAUCAAUAAAAGUUUUUCAUCAUC